AUGUUCUUUUCUACCACACUCAUUACUCUCUUUUUGGCUGGAUUGUCCCAAGCUGCUCCUACUUCCUCCAAUGCAACCUCGACGGUUUCCACACCAACUUCAUCCACUGUCCUUCCUGCUCAAUCAACGACUGCACCGCAGAACAAUACCGCAACUGCCAAAUUCUCCGCCUCAAACUUCACCGAUGUGAAACCAACCAUCAACCCCAAUAUAACCAUCCAGUCGCUCACAAAGCCAUUAACCAAUCCAGAAUUUCACCUCCUCCCCGGCUGGCCAAAAAUCCCAAUCCACCUCAUAACUUGCCAGGAUCUCAUCGACGCCAAAGCCACCUUACUCAAAGUUAACGUGGGAACACCUGCAAGCGGGUUCAUCUCGGACCCCUCCUGGGGUACAGUGCACAAAGACUACGCCUGGGGUUCCAUCUACUGCCAUGACGUUUCACACGGCGCUCACGCUGUCUACGGCGCAAUCUGGCUGAAGUGGAAGGCUCAAGGAGGCAGUUACGGUUACCCUCUCACCGAUGAACUCGGCACAACAGACAACUCCGGAACAUACAUCCGCUACAACGUCUUCUCCGACAACCGCGCCAUCUACUGGACCGGGCAACGCGGCGCCUUCCUCAUCUACGGCGAUAUUUAUCAGCGCUGGCUUUCGAUCGGCGACACAAAGAGCGAAAUCGGUUACCCCAUUACCGAUGAAACCGGCUCUGGCUCAGCAGGAGGUCGCUUCAACGACUUUAGCAACGGCAUGAUCUACUACCACGCCGGGCAAAGCUGGGUGCAUGUAGGCGGCCUUCCCUCUAGCCUGACCUGGACCUGGAACCCCAUCUCGCUCACGGAUAUCUCCGGCUCCAGCAGCGUCACACUCUACAGCGACGGCAACGCACAUUGGAUGUCCAGCAUGCACGACCAUAUUGCAAUUCAAUUUAACUGGCAGAUCGGAUGGCUAUUCGUUAAUGCGGAUGGCACUGCCAUCACGCUGAUGCAGUCUGGCACUGUGGGUCCUAACUAUAGUGGCAUUCCGAUCUUUGGUGGCCCGACAAAUGACAAUAAUAUUGAUCGAUGGGUCAAUAAUCCUGAGAUUGCCUAUGAUUGGCGUGCUUGGGUGGCUUCCAAUUACGGGACCGGGCAUGCGCAUGGGAGCAUUGAUUGGGGCAAUUUGCUCAACGAACUUAUCAACGAUGCCAAAGCGGUUUACGGGGCCGUCACGACUAUUAUCGCUGUCCUUGCUUGAUUGAAUUUGGAUCGUUCUCGCCUGAGAUUUGGAGGCAGGAACAGGCUGAAAGAGGUUGAAG